AUGCAAGGGGUCACUCCCGGCCCGGGGGAGCAGCACGAAUGCGGGAUAGGAGCCGCCCCUGGGAAGCGUCUCUUCCAAGCCUGGGUGUGCGACUACUCAGUGACAUACUCGAGCCGACAUCUCACAAGACCAAGGCACAGGAUGCAUCGGAAGGAAUCGACAUCCUCUGGCUGCAGGCUUUGA